UAAUGGUGUUAAUUGCCGAAAAUGUUCAGAAAUGAGGACAAAACCUUGUUAAUCCAUUUUUGUAGAAGUUUAAAGGGGGCGGAUCACCACCUGGAGCGCAGGCAGUCACCUUACCAUUCGCUCUCCUCGCCGGAUAUCCCUCCGCCCUAAGCAGCGGACCCAAGAAAGCUCCGCCUCGGAUGCUGACAGCAGGCGGGGGGAGGAGCCAGGUAGCGGCCAGACUGACACGUAACAGUCCUGCGUGAAAUUUAAGGAAGAAGCUGCAUCUUUUUUCUAUACAGACAAUUUUUUUUUUUUUUUGGAUCAUCACCUACCUCACUUCAGACUUGAUGAGUAGCUGAGCUGUUCCGGAAGCCCGUUUGAGCGCCUCACAGGAGGAGCGACCGAAGCGGGACGAAUCCGACCGGGGAUAUAGAGCCCGACGCUUAAAAUGAGAUUUUCUGUGUUUAUUUCUGUCCUGCGGUCGCUCGGCCCGGUGGUAAUCGGCAUUUCGCUGGGGUUCACGCUKAGUUUGCUGAGCGUUAGCUGGACGGAAGAAGCAUGUCCUCUCGAGGGCACCAGGGAGGGCGAGGAUGUGACUUCGGGUCAGGAUGGACUGCUCAAGGGAGCCCGAAAACCCAACUCGGUCUCGGCUGUGAACGAUGCGGAGUCCGGGGAGGAUUUUCAACCCAGAAUAGUCCCGUACAAACAAGUCCAGCCUAGUGCUCCAAAGAAAGUUUUCAGGGCUAAAUACAUAAGCACAGAGUUGGGGAUGCGAGAGCGCCUCUUCGUUGGGGUUCUGACAUCCAAAAACUCCAUCAACACCCUGGGCGUGGCUGUGAAUCGCACCAUAAGCCAUCACUUCGACGCUGUGGCCUUCUUCACCGGCUCGCGCAACCGCAAAGUCCCUCACGGCAUGUUUGUGGUUUCCCACGGAGACGAGCGGCUGAUCUGGAACAUGUUUCAGACCGUCAAGUUCAUCUUUGAUCAUUACAUCAACGAAUACGACUGGUUCUACUUGGUCCAGGACGACGCCUACACAGAAGCGGACAGGAUCAAGGCGCUGGUGGAGCACCUGAGCGCGGAUCGAGAGCUUUACAUGGGCCGCCCUGAGGAGUUCAUAGGCGGAGAGAUGGAGGGGAAGUACUGCUACGGGGGGUUUGGGUACCUCCUGUCACGCAGCUUGCUCUUACGACUUCAGCCCUUCCUGGAAAACUGCAGGAAUGACAUCCUGAGCUCCAGGCCUGACGAGUGGCUCGGGAGGUGCAUCAUUGACUACACCAGUGCAAACUGCGUUAGUGAAUAUGAGGGUCUUGAGUACCACCAUUAUGAGCUUGGAAAAAACUCCGAUCCGAGUAAAGAACAGAACGAACAGUUCAAGAAAGCUCUAACCGUUCAUCCGGUGUCCGACCCUGAACAAAUGUACCGGCUGCACAGGUAUUUCUCUGAGAUUGAACUUCAGAAGACUUACGACGAGAUCGCUAAGCUGCAGGCAGAAAUAAAAAAUGUUAGCGUGCUUGCUUUUGAAGGCAAUCGAAGCGCUCAGUGGCCGGUGGGGGUCAACCCACCUUUUGAGCCUAAAUCUCGAUUUGAAGUCCUGAAGUGGGAAUACUUCACAGAAGAGGAGAUUUAUUCAUGCAUCGAUGGCGCUCCAAAGUGUGAGCUGCGUGGCAUUGACAAAAUGGACAUAGCGGAUGUCAUAGACACGGCCAUAGAAGAGCUCAACAAAAAGUACAUGCCUACUUUACAUCUUAAGAAGCAGCAUCUCAUUAAUGGCUACAGACGCUUUGACCCCACCAGAGGCAUGGAGUACACCUUGGACCUUCAGGUUGAAGUUGUCAAUCAGAAAGGUCACAGCCGGUCCAUCACCAAAAGGGUCCACCUGGUGCGACCUUUAAGCCUCAUAGAGAUUAUCCCCAUGCCCUAUGUCACUGAAGCUACCAGGGUUCACAUCAUUAUACCCCUUACUGCAGAAGAUCGGAGCUAUGUUAACCAUUUCCUCGAAGUCUUUGCUUCCAAUGGCUUUGAGACCAGUGAGAACGCCGUCCUAACGCUAUUGUUCAUUUAUGACCCAGAAGAGGCGCAGCAUGUUAAUCAUGAUGAUAUUUUUGCUGGUGUGAAGAAUCAGAUAAACGUUUACGAACGGAAAUACCCAGCAGUGAAAAUCCCAUGGAUAAGCGUCAAAACGGAGGUACCGUCUCAGAUCAAGUUUAUGGACAUCAUCUCGAAGAAACACCCAGUUGACACGUUGUUCUUCCUGGCUCACGUCAACACAAACAUCAACGCUGAGUUUCUGAACCGCUGCCGCAUGAAUUCAAUAAACAACUGGCAGGUGUUCUUCCCUAUACAUUUCCAGGAGUACAACCCUGAUGUGGCCUACCACAACCAGCCACAUCCGGCCACCGUGGAUCUGGUAAAGGAUGCAGGACAUUUUGACCGGAGAUCAUUCGAUGAAGCGUGCUUUUACAACUCGGACUACAUGGCAACGAGGUCUAGAAUGGUAACUGACAUUCAAGAAAACGAGGAUCUACUAGAAAACCUGGAUAUCUAUGACAUGUUUGUAAAGUAUUCAGGCCUACACGUGUUCAGGGCAGUAGAGCCAGCUCUACACCAACAAUACCGCUACCAAUCCUGCAACCCAAAACUCAGUGAAGACGUCUACCAUAGGUGUAUUCAAAGCAAUAUGGAAGGCAUUGGUUCUCAAUCCCAGCUUGCAAUGCUGCUGUUUGAGCAAGAACAAGGAAACAGUACUUGAAAACAUCAGAUUAAAUCUGCUCAUCCAUGUUUUUACAUGGAUGACUGAGGACGCUGAAGAGCUGCUGUGAUAUGGCGAAAACGGGAGAAACAAGUCUGCUGUGACUUUACAUGACACUCUCCCUUUCUUCCUGAAUGCAGCCCAAGUUUAAAGCUGCAGUGACAUUCUCCACCAGAACAAGUGCUUUAAGGGCUAUUUGGUUUGUUCUCUUUGUUAGGUUUGACAAAUACAUGUGACACCUUGUAAUGAAACUAGUCUUGAGUUGCUGAAACCAAAUAUCCUCGCAAUGCUGGCAAAUUAAAAAACUGCACCAGGCAGUUUUUAACCACUAGAGGAGAGAAACCUAAGGGCAGAGAUUUGUCGUUUUAAUGGUGGUUUAUGGCAAACACUCCUUAUUCUGGAAGAAACUUACCGGAUUGGUCUUUGAGGACUGAAACUGGUUAGGAUCGGUACCAGGGAUCGGUCACAGUUAGAAAUAAUAAUAAUAAUAAUAAUAAUAAUAAU